AUGGCACAUGUGCUACGGUUCGUUAGAAAUGCACGAACAACGAAUCACAAGGAACGAGAAAAAUCGCUCUUAACUGCAAGCGAAAUGGAGGAAGCCUUGCGAGUAAUAGUAAAGGAAGCUCAAUGGGAUGUGUAUCGAGAAUCUAUGCAGCAACUAACAUGUAACAAGCAAUUAAACAACAGCGAUCCAUUGAGUAGUCUGCAUCCAUUCUUAGACGAAUUCGGACUUUUGAGAGUCGGCGGUCGGCUUGAAGCUUCAAAUUUAACUUAUGAUACCAAACACCCGAUCAUGCUUCCUUACGGCCAUUACGUAACUCGAUUGAUUUUAAAUGAUCUGCACCAUAAUCAUCUUCACGCCGGACCCCAAGCCUUAUUGGCAAUAGCGAGACAACGAUGUUGGCCUAUCAAGGGCAAAGCAACCAUCAGAUCUAUCGUGCAGAGCUGUAUGAAAUCCGCAAGAGCGAAACCAAAACUCAUGACGCAGCUCAUGGGAAACCUGCCCGCCCAUCGAGUACAACCAGCCAGACCAUUCACGAAUAUUGGUAUCCACUUCGCCGGCCCUCUAUGGAUUCACUUGAAGGGGAGAGGCAAUCGUCCGCAAAAGGCGUACCUUGCUGUUUUUUGUUGCUUUGCAACAAAGGCGGUGCAUCUGGAACUAGUGACGAAUCUAACGACAGAAGCCUUCAUCAAUGCGCUGAAACGUUUCAUUGGGCGUAGAAGACAUUGUCGAAAUCUAUAUUGCGACAAUGCAACUAACUUUGUGGGCGCCAAAAAUCAACUAGCAGAAUUAAACGAAAGCAUAUACGGGGAACAAUCCCAAGAACAACUAAUCAAUUUUUACACACCCAAGGGUAUUGAUUUUCAUUUUAUUCCACCAAGAUCCCCUCAUUUCGGUGGCCUGUGGGAGGCGGCAGUAAAAUCUGCCAAACAGUUUUUAAUCAGAAACAUGUCUCCAGCAAAACUUACGUAUGAAGAAAUGGCAACUUUAAUAAUCGAAGUCGAGGCUAUUUUGAAUUCAAGGCCACUGACAUCUCUAUCAUCCGAGGCCAGAGACCUUACGGCAUUAACUCCAGGCCAUUUCUUAAUUGGGGAACCACUAACGAACCCAGUUGAUGUACAUGCCCAAGCAGUAAAGGCAAAUUUACCGCAAAGAUGGAAGGAAAUCAACGACAUAAAGAAUAGAUUCUGGCAAAGAUGGUCAGGCGAAUAUUUGUCGGAACUGCAACAGCGUCAAAAAUGGAAACAGAGCUGCGAAAACGUAAAACCUGGAAUGCUGGUGGCUAUCAAAGAAGACAAUAUUCCCGUUCUGCAGUGGAGAUUGGGGCGAAUAAUAAAGGGGAUAAAAGGUCGAGAUGGUCUAAUAAGAAUAGCAGAGAUAAAAACAUCGUCAGGAGUCUUACAGAGAGCAAUUCAUAACACCGUUACCGGUAGAACCGAACUACACCGAAGACUCCUCGCAGCAAAAAACCCCAACUUCAUUAAAGGAACGGAUUAUAGAUACUUGCACGCAAAACUCAGAAGCAACUCGAUGUUCAAGAGUGAAGCAGAAGAGAAUUUCGCACUCCCCCGUAAACCUGCUAGUUGGACUAGUUUAAUCCUACCCGUUCUAGCCAACCCAGCACGGAUCACCCCUUUCCAAUCCCCACCAGGUAUCUACUUCGAAAAUUUCGGAGCCGCCUGA